AUGCCAAACAAACGAGGCCCCAACUGGCUCCCACAAGACAAUGAGCAACUUGCCAAAAGUUGGCUCAAGAUCUUGGAGGACAUUGUCCAAUCAACUGGACAAAAAAAAGACAAAUACUGGAAGCGAGUUGCUGAAGAUUACAAUAAUUACACCACCGGUGUUGUAAGAGAUGGAAGCCACUGCAUGCACCAUUGGGGACACAUCCAGAAAGCAACUUUGAAGUUUUCCGGUAUCUAUCAUAAGCUCGAAAAAACUAGACCAUCCGGUUCUGUCUUGACCGAUCUCCUUCCAGAUACCAAGAAGGCUUUUUACGAGCAAGAAGGCAAACAGUUUACCUUUGAGCAAGCUUGGAUGGUCCUCAAGGAGCAUCCAAAGUGGAACAACCUUUCACAAUCUCGAGCUGUGCCAGACACCAAUCCUCCAGACUCAACUCCGACUCCAUCUACCCCGGCAACUCCAAUUGCUUCCCAAACCAGCACAGCCGUCGUUGAAGGAAGAUCUGAAAAUUCCUGGACCCGACCCCCAGGUGUUCAUACAACCAAACGAACAAUGAAGGAAGAUCAUUAUAACGCAAAGAAGAUCAAAGUCAUGUCGGACCGCUCAAGCGACUACCGCAAUCAAACGCUUGCCAUGAAGGAGACAAACAAAAUCCGACAAAUAGCCACUAAAGCUGAAGCUAACACAGCGAAUAUGGAGAUUAUGGCGAGGAAGACAGAAGACUUACCAGACGACAUCUCGAAACAAUUCUUAAAACUCCAAAAGGAAUCUAUUCUUCUCAACAUGCAAGAACAACUCAAGCAGAGGCAAAAGUAA